AUGUAUGCCGACUUCAUAGCUGGAUGGGCAGCAGGAGGUGCUGGCCUUCUUGUGGGUCAUCCACUAGACACCGUCAAGGCCCGACUUCAGACAAUGAAUGUUUAUAAAGGAAUUGUCGAUUGUAUGGUCAAAACCAUGAAGCAUGAAUCUGUAUACGGUCUCUACAAAGGAAUGUUCGUUCCAUUCCUCUCAACUGGUGCUCUUCAUUCUUUGCUCUUUGCCGGGUAUGGCGCGGGUCUCAAAUUCCUUCAUCCGGGUGAUUCGAAUGUCAUGGCAAGAAAAGAUUUGCCUAUGACAGAUAUUCUAAUAGCUUCCAUUUGUGGCACUCUUGUUCAAGUUGGUCCAGUCAUUCCUGUGGAAUUGUUAAAAACUAAACUUCAAGUUCAACGAGAAAAUGUGGGUCACUUCUCAAAACACUCUCAAAAUCUGUACGCUGGUCCGAUGGAAUGUGCUCGUGAGACAGUCAGAACAGAAGGAAUCCGUGGUUUAUUCAAAGGAGGAAGUGUCGUUUUCUUCAGGGAUAAUAUUGGAUAUCUUUUCUAUAUCCCGGUCUACGAGGGGCUCAACAGAUACUUUAGAAGUCACAAUCUGGAAAACACAUACACCCAGUUAUUUGCUGGAGGAUGUGCAGGAAUCAGUGGAUGGAUUUCUGUCUGUCCAUUGGAAGUUGUGAAAAAUCGGAUACAGGCAGACAAGAGUCAUAAGACGAUAUCUCCAAAAGAGAUGAUUCUGAAAAUCUAUCGAGAAGAAGGACUCCGAUCGUUCUAUCGAGGAGGAUGGGCACUUUCACUACGUGGAUUCGUCGUCAAUGCUGUCAUUUUUGUUGUCUAUGAGAACACUUAUGCGUUUUUUGAUUGA